CUUCAGCAAUCCGCGUUGGUGGAUUACUCAGGCGCUAGUUUCUACGGACCUAUCGACCAAUUCUCUCCCCUGCUUAUCAGACAACAAAAUUCUCCCCUGGGGAAGGUAACAUGUGGCUGACAAGGUAGCAUCCCCUAUACUACCACGUUGUUGUGUAGAGACUAGAUAGGGGGAUCAGAGGACACUUAUUUAUAGCCUUGUCCGGUAGUUCGAUACUAGAACUAAUUUCUCCUUCCCCGCCUGAGCUCCUUCCGACAUCUCACCUCUCCUGCACAUCAUCCCAACUGCAAUCUACAAAACCCAACAACAAUCCCAGAUCAUAACCAGCUCCGAUAAUAACAAUGACGGCAACUCCUUAUCUCGACGCUCUCCAAAGAGACGGCUUCGUCCGCAUUCCUUCCCUCCUGACCCCCGACGAAGUUGCCCACUUCCGCACCAUAGCUACCGAUGCCACCACCCGCACCCGCACCGGACAAUGGCCUCACUUCCGCACUGUCCCCAAGCAGUUCCCACCCUGGCCCACGACACCUCCGCCGGCCUCGGAAGGCGGUAUCUGGGGUGUCCAGCAUCUCCUGCACCCCGAGAUGCCAGGACGAACGGAGUUUGCGCGGUUUUACUUCUCCGAGAAAGUCCUGGCUGUGGCGGAGGAGCUCUUGGGAUUGAAGGGCAAGGCAAAGGGCCAGGAUGAGCCGCUUGUGAUGGAGUUAUUCAAUCUGUUGGUUGCGCCCGAGACGAAGGACUUUGAGCUACGCUGGCACCGGGAUGAUAUCCAGGAGACUGUGACCCCCGAAGAGGAGCUGAGAUUGCUGGAGGCUAAGAGCCCGCUUGGGAAGCAGUCGCAUGCGCAGUAUAACUUGGCUCUCUGCCCUGAUUCUUCCCUGAUCGUCAUUCCGGGCUCCCAUCGACGGGUGCGUACGGAGGUGGAGCGCAAUGCUGCUCCGUAUGAGCCGGAGCUGCCGAACCAGCUGAUUGUGGAGUUGCAGCCCGGGGAUGCUGUGUUCUAUGACAGCAAUAUCCUCCAUCGUGGGGUGUAUAAGGCCAAGUCGGAGGGAGGCGAGGAAACUAGGCUUACCCUGCAUGGAAGCCUUGGAUUGAAUGCGCCUGCAUUAGCUGCGAAUGAAGACAAGAAAGUUCGAGCUACUGCGGUCUUGCAGCAUGGCGUUGGUGCUUGGGUGCAUCGGGAAGAUGCCGCUUUUGGCAUCGGGGAGCGGCCCGAGAAGAUGAGGGCAAACUUGGUGACCAUGGGGACAGGAGAAGGGGUUGGUUACUCUCUGCAGGGGUAAUUCGGUCAGGAACGUAACCUGAAUAUUGAAGUGUAAAUAGAAGUGAUAGCUGUUAAUAUCGACAUAUAGGCACGCCGGUCUAUUUAUGAUCAUCGAGCAAAUGAAUGUAUCAAGUCUCGUGUCUAGUA